ACAACAGACGCACACACACUUUUCUUACUCCCACACACACACUCCCCCAAGUCCGCAAUGCUCUCUCCCUCGCUCUUUUCCCUCCCUCUCUUUCCCUGCCUGUACUCCCAUACCGGUACGCUUCCUGUAUUCCUCCCAAAGCCUCUCUCUUGCUUAUCCUCCUCCCCCCCCUCUCAGUGCUCUCACCACUUUCCCAAACUCAAACCUCCAGUCCGCCACAGCCUUCUCCUCUUAUUUCUUCUACCCCCUCCCGCACCCCUCUUCAUUCACAUUCAAAAGCACACACGAGCCAUCCAGGCAAAGUUUCCAUUAUCGAUACGGUCCGGUGUUGUUUGUUAUAAUCUAAUCAUCGCCACCCUCCUUCGUCCAUCUUUCCUACCACUUCAUCUCUCCUUGCCUUGCGUUGUGCCGCCCUUAAACCCACAAAUUCCGACACCGGCAAAAGAAAACAAGUCUCCACUACCAGGCAUUCACAUUUCAACUCACUCCCUCGGGCAGCUUUUCCUGGCGAUAGCAUCAACUCCCCCA